AUGAAACAUAAUACAAAUGUACAUCCAAGGAAUAAAGUUGAAUUUAGGAAAAGAAAAUCAAAAGAAGUAUUUUUUAAUGAAAUUGCACCAUUUCAAAUGAAGAAGUAUGUAAUUAGUGAAAGAAGUAAAAAUGAUGAAGAUAAAAUAAUUAAUGAUGAUAAUGAAAUUAUUGAAGAAGAUAAUGUUGAAGAAAGAAUGUCAUCAAUUCAUUCACAUAAUUCUAUCAUUAAAAUAUCUCAAAAUGAAACAUAUAUUAAUGAAAUACAUGAAUAUGAUAAUAUAUUAACAGAGAUACACAAAAUUACAGACCAAUAA